GUUUUGCCAUUUCAUUUUAUAAUUUAUCAUUUUAUUAUAUAUAUAUUUUGGGGCCAAAGCGAAAACAACGUGACCUUCAAGUUCCGAAUCACUCAUUCCGUGAGCAGUUUUUCCAUCCCUCACAUCUUAUUAUCACCGUCGUUUUCGUUUUGUAACCGCUGCGAUCACCGUCGCGCGGGGUAUAUGAUCACUCCGGAACAAGAUGCUGGAGGAUCAGGUGGCGUACCUCUUGCAGAGGUACCUUGGCAAUUAUGUGAGAGGUCUCAGCAAAGAAGCUCUCAAAAUCAGUGUCUGGAAAGGUGAUGUAGAGCUGAAGAAUAUGCAGCUGAAGCCUGAGGCUUUAAAUGCAUUAAAACUUCCGGUGAAGGUUAAGGCAGGUUUUCUUGGAUCAGUGAAACUUCAGGUUCCAUGGAGUAGGCUUGGCCAAGAUCCAGUCUUAGUAUAUUUGGAUCGCAUUUUCUUACUAGCUGAACCUGCAACUCAAGUUGAGAGAUGUAGUGAGGAUGCUGUCCAAGAAGCUAAAAAGAGCCGAAUACAGGAGAUGGAAUUGAAACUAUGGGAGAAGGCACAACAGUUAAAGUCAGAAAUGAAUAAAUCAUGGUUGGGAUCCCUCAUCAGCACCAUCAUUGGAAAUUUGAAGCUUUCAAUUUCCAAUAUUCACAUCAGAUAUGAGGAUGGUGAGAGCAAUCCAGGGCACCCAUUUGCAGCUGGAGUUAUGUUGGACAAACUCUCAGCUGUGACAGUUGAUGAUACUGGGAAAGAGACAUUUAUUACUGGAGGGGCACUAGAUCGCAUUCAAAAGUCUGUUGAACUUGAUCGACUUGCAGUUUAUUUAGAUUCAGAUAUUAUACCAUGGCAUGUUAACAAAGCAUGGGAAGAUUUGCUUCCUUCAGAGUGGUUUCAGAUAUUUAAAUUUGGGACUAAAGAUGGGAAGCCAGCUGAUAAUUUGUUAAGAAAGCACUCAUAUAUUUUGCAACCAGUGACUGGGAAAGCAAAGUACUCUAAGCUGCUGUCAAGUGAAGUUACUGAUAGCAAACAACCUUUACAGAAUGCUGUGGUGAAUUUGGAUGAUGUUACAAUUAGCUUAUCUAAGGAUGGAUACAGUGAUAUCAUGAAAUUAGCAGACAACUUUGCUGCAUUUAAUCAACGUCUGAAGUAUGCUCAUUAUCGUCCACUGGUUCCUGUAAAAACUGAUUCCAGGUCUUGGUGGAAGUAUGCUUACAGAGCUGUUUCUGACCAGAUAAAGAAGGCAAGUUUUCUCAACUUGGUAUCAGAGCGGGUUCGACCCGCUCCGCCUGUCAUCGUCCACCGCCGCUGUCCGCCGCAAGUGGUCACAGAGGCAAAAGCCUCUUCACAUCUUCUCACGCGCUGCAUCUUUGGGCUGCUACACCAGGCGUGCACUGUUAACGUACCGAUCUGCAGCCACCGGAAAACGGCCACGCCACCAACAGUUCUUCGUUGA